AUGUCGGGGACAGAUAAUGGCAAAAUAGUUAUCACACAAAACCUGAAACUGCUCGCGACGACUGCAUUGGCUGCUGCUCCUGCGAAAAAAGGACCGAGUGUGUCUGUUGAGUGGGGUGAUGAAGUUGUUGCUAUGCAAGGAGUGGUAGAUCCCGACGAAAUCGUUGAAGAUGCUCCAUCUACAAUAUCCGCAUCUAUCAAUGAGUUUGUACUUUCCAUGGUUGUUGCCGGACUGGCUGCGACAACGCCGUAUAUGAUGAAUGCAACAAUCGCCUCGCUAUCUCGGUUAAUAUUCGAAUUCAAAGAAAGUACGCCGUCAAGCGCUUACGAAGAUGCUUUAUAUGGAAGCGAGAGUGACUUGGAAGACUCGGCCGACGAAAUCGAAGAACUUGCUUCCCGCAAACCCACGAAAUCAAAGAAAGACAAAUCAUCUCCCCAAAUAUGGAUCAAAGAGGAAGAAGACAUGCCAGUGGAUUUCCUUGACCGUAGUGUGGUAUCGCGUAUCAUGGGAACUAACCUUCGAUCGAUUCGCAAGAAUCAUCAGCAUUUAAAACGACGGGUGACGGCCGGGAAUAAAAUAAAAUUCAAAACGAGAAAAAACGACAUGGAUUUUGAUGACGUUGAGCCCAUAGACGCAAUAGCAGUCAGGAAUGCGAAAAAGAAAGAGAAAAAGAUAGUAGUUGGCAAGGAGUAUAGAGCCAAGAGGGCUGCUGGUGAUGUGAAGAAAAAAGGAAAGCCCGACCCGGUGCAGUGUCCACACUGUAAACAAUUCGUAACAACAGACGUCAGAUAUCGCAAUGGAGUAUGCACUUAUUUACUGGCAUCGGGUCUAUUAGUCACAACAGUGGUAUUGUUCUGGGUACCGUUCUAUCUUAAAGCGACAAAAGAUGUAAGACAUGUCUGUCCGCAUUGCUUCAACAAUCUCGGAGUGAAACACCGUCUCGGAUAA